AUGGGCCAAAACGCCCUAUGGCCACUAUUGCUGGUCUGCAUUCAAUACAGUUGGGCAGCUCAAAGGAUAUCCCAGGAACCGGUAAAUACGACAGUGAAUUUGGGUGGAACUGCAUUACUACGAUGUCAAGUGGAAGAUCAAGUAAGUUACUGAGUAGAUUUUGUACAUUUAUACUGAGGGUUUUUGUUUACAACUAAAAAUUUUCAUAAAAUCGUGAUUUUUUGGGAAAAUUUUAAGAAAAAGUCUGUUUUUGAACAAUUUCUGUGGGUUUUUUGGGAUGGAAAAGUUGAUUGAAUGUAAAAUACGUGAACGGCCCUUAUGCAGUUUAACUUUAAAGUUUUGAUUAAUUAAAACUUUUUAAAACUUUAGUUUUUUUCCAAAGUAUUGCGAUAAGUCCUAGAAAUUAAGCGAAAGAACCAAAAAAACCUAAGGAAAUCAACUUUAAAUGUGGCAAACAGUAACUCAAAAGCUUCUCCAUUCUUUUGUCUACUAUUUGAACACAAAUUCGAUUGGUAUUCAACCCGAAAAUUAAUGUUAUUUACACACUUUUCCUCACUUCCGACGAUUAAAUCGCAAAAAAGUCGGCGUUUGGCGGCGUUUUAUGCAAAUUACACAGUUGAAAAAUAGCUAAAAGCAAAGAAUUCGGCUUGGCUUUAAUCUUCAGGAUGCGAUUUGUUGUUAAUGACGUCAAAAAAGUUUCAAAUUUUGGGUUUGAAACCAUAAAAUCUUUAAAAUUUCGGAAAAUUUUUGGAAAUAUUAAAUUUUUUGAAGUAAGUAAGUUACCAACAUAAAAGUACUAAAAUGGGUCGAUAGACAUUGCAAGUGUAAAAUACAGUUCAAGUUUUUGAUUUUAGAGUUUUUCGAAAUUUUAAAAUUGCGAAAAAUGACAUUAUAUUGUAGUAGGUGCUGUAAGCCUGUAUUUUUUGUGUAAACAAUGUGUAACAAACAGUUAUUAAUGUCAGCUUGGGUUAAAAAGUUCCAUCUGGUGCGAGAUUGAUCUGUAAUUUCCGUAAAAGGACAUUGUUACGCAAUCGGCCUAUAAAAUACGAAAACAAAUGGCGCCGAUCAUUUCCUUCCCCCUCUGUCAAAUAUAAACAAUCCGUCAUCUUUUGGUAAUGCUUAUUAAGAUGUGCCGCUGUAAAAACAUCAGCUGGGAUAAUUAGGUUAAAGAAUGGCAUUUUAGGCUUAAAAGUGAUAUUUUGUUAUGAUCUUUUAACUAUUAAUAGUAAUAGUAAGCCUAAUAAUGAUGCGUAGGCUUACAGUUAUUUUUUUAUGCUUAAAAAUGACAAUUUAGGCUUAGAGAAUGAGUUUUAGGCUUACUAGUGAAUUGUUAGGCUUACACUUUGAAUUUUUAGGCUUAAAGAUAAAUUUUACGCUUAAUAUUGAAUUUUUAGGCUUAAAAAUCAGUUGUAGGCUUAAAAGUUAACUUUUAGCUUAAAAUUGGGAUUUUAGGCCUAAAAACGUCAUUUUAGGUUUAAAAAGGACAUUUAGGCUUAAAAAUGUCUUUUUAGGCUAAAAAUUAUGCCGCAGGCUUAAAAGUGCAGUUUAGGCUUAAAAAUGACAUUUUAGGCUUAAAACUGACAUUUAUUAUAUUUUUUCGUUUAUUUACUUACAAAUUUUUGCAUAAAAGUGACCGUAUUUUACAAAAUUUGAAUUUCUUGAACUUUUAGAAAGGACAAGUUCAAUGGACAAAGGACGGGUUUGGCCUAGGGGCCGAUCGUGAAAUGAAAUCCUUCAAAAGAUAUCGAAUGGGAAUGGAGGGAAAUAACAACGAAUACCACCUUCAGAUUAAAAAUGUCACAUUGGAUGACGAUGCUGUUUACGAGUGUCAGCUACAAUGGGCCGACGAUGAAAAUCCGGCCGUCGUGUCGGCCAAAGCCCAUCUACAGGUUUUGGGUAAGGAUAUGAGGUUUUUGAGUUUAGUAAUGGUUUUUAGGUUUAUAAAGUUGCUUUAGACUUAAAGUAAAUUUUCAAUUGAGAAAACGAAUUUUAGGCUUAAAAAUGACGUUUAGGCUUAAAAAAUUAAUUUUAUGCUCAAAAAUGAAUUUUAGGCUUUAAAAUGCAUUUUAGGCUUAGAGAAUGCAUUUUAGAAUUAAAAAUGAAUUUUAGGCUUAAAUAUGAAUUUUAGACUUAAGAAAUGAAUUUUAGGCUUAUAAAUGAAAGUUAUGCUUAAAAAUGAAUUUUAGGCUUAGAAAAUGAAUUAUAGGUUUGAGUCUAAACUUUAGGCUUGAUGAGUAACUUUAGGCUCAAAAAUGAAUUUUAGGCAUGUAAAACGAAUUUUACGCUUAAAAAUGAACUUUAGGUAUAUUUCACUCAAAAUCACUUCUUUCAGCCUCCCCUCGCGGCCCCUUUCUCACAGUAACCAACCAGAACUCGGAGACAAUAGAAGCCAUCGAAGACAUUCCAAUCGAAGCCAAAUGCACGGUAAAUCAUGGAAAACCGGCUGCCAGAAUCGUGUGGGUUGUGGCAAUGGAUAAGGAUGCGAGAAGAAUCGCUGCCUACGUCAAUAACGCUGAAGAGGUACUGAAAGAGUACGGGAAUAUACCAGUACGGAAUCAGAAAACCUAUCAAAUGGUCGUCGAUGAAGAGGGAGGUGAUGAGGAGGAAGAUGAUGAUGGAUAUGUUGGAAUCACUUCUACUAUUAGGUAGAUUUGGGUGCCUUUUGGGGUAGGGGUUUGACCUGAAAAGGGCUUACUAGACUUGGCAUUGAGCUGGGCUGAACUGGGCAGGGCUGAAGCAAAUUUUAAAGCGGUUAGGUCGACAACUUGGGGGACCGGCUCGGUUCCUUUACUGCUCUAGUAGGGCCCUACAGGGGUUCAUUUCUAAAAAGUUUAUUCGGUUGGACAGAGGGUAAAAUACGGUGUAGGAAACGAUUAAAUAAUGGCAUUUUCAACGAUUUUAUGAUCAAUAAUUGCAGAUUUUUGAAAAAAAAAAUUAGGUGACAAAAUUUUUUUUUGCUUUUUGGCUUUUUUUUAUUAGAAAAAUGAAAUCUGUAGUAACAUUAGAUAAAGAAAGUAAUUUUGGGCGACUUUUUGGUCAAGAACUUUCAGAAAUUUUUUAAAAAAUUUUAGGUAACAAACUUUUUUUAUUUUUUUUGUCGUUAAAAUUGAAAAAUUUGUAAAAACAGAUAACCAUAAUGCUUUUCUAUGUUUUUAAAUCUGUUUUGUCAAAAUUUCACGUUUUUACAGUUUUUACUUUUUUCGUAAAAUACGUGAAUUUACGUCGGAAACGAAAAUGACCAAAAAUGUAACAAAUUACCAACUUUUUUUUAUUUUAUAGACUUUUUGACAAAAAAGAUUUAUAAACUGUAUAUAUUAUGAAAUUUACUAUAGUCUUAAGAAGCUUUCGUCAAAUUUUCAAACUUUUUCAACAACCACUGUUCCUAAAAUACGCUCAUUUCCAGGUUCAACCCCUCAAAAUUCGACGGAGGCAAACACCUAGUCUGCAUGGCCGUUCAUCCAACCUUUGGUGGCCGAGCUCACACAAAAUCCAGGCAAAUGAAUGUUCUCUACAAACCAAAGGUUACUGUAACAUUGGACGAAAAACAGUCGGAUCUGAGAGAGGGCGGCCGAGCCAUGUUCAAGUGUCAUGUCGAUGCCCAACCAGCUGAUACUCGAGUUUAUUGGGGCAAAUAUGGUGAUAGAAUCAAGGAGCUGAACCAGAACACGGCUGUCAUCGAGAACUUGAGCAUGGAAGAUCAUGCGAAUCGUGUGGUUUGCAAUGCGGAGAAUAAGAUCGGCCGAAGUCAGGGUAGCCUGAAUAUCAGCAUUCAUUGUAAGUUUUUUAUUGGUUUUUGAAUAUUUAGGUAUAAUAGAGGGUGAAUUAGGGUUGGAAGGACCAUUUUUGUUGAUUUCUAUGUAGUUUGAUACUGAAAAUGACAUUAAAUAUUAAAAAAUUAUCAAAAACAUCAAGAUUAUCAUGGAUAAUAUAGGUUUUUUGAUGAUUUUUUUAGGUUUUUAGAUUGUUUUAGGUAUUGACAAAGGUGUGGCAAUACUUUCAAGAUGUAGUGCUAACUAUUAUGAUACAAUCAUUUAGAAAAAUUAGGUAUAAACAUUAAAAAUUGUCUAAAAACACUAAAAUUACCAUGGAUAGCAUCAUUUUCUCUCAAUUUUUGCCAUUUUCUUAAAUUUCCAAACUUCAGAUGCCCCAAAAAUCAUGUCAACAUCACGAACUCAAGUCGUACCAAAAGGUGACAGUGUGUCAUUUCAAUGUGAGGCCAUCGGCAACCCACCACCGACCGUUUCCUGGUACCGUCGAGGUAUCCACACAACUCAAACCAGUGUACCUAUAGCUAGCGGUAAUACAUUGACAUUGGAGUCGGUGCAUGAAUGGCAUGUUGGAGAGUACGAAUGUAUGGCUAAAAGUCCUGGCUUCAAGCCGGCCACCUUGGUACACUAUUUGCAUCUGAAAGGACCACCGAUAGUAACAUUGGAGGAGCCGAUUCAAUCGGCGAAACGGAUUGAACUGAAGUGUAAAGUAAGUUUUGGGGGAAAAUUGAUGGUUGUGAAUGGUGUAGGAGAUUCUGAAGUACAUUUUGAUAAAGUUUGAGUUAAUGUGAGUUAGAAAUGGCAAAGUUAUAAUUGAUUUUUUGGAAAAAUUUAUGUUUUUCGGCUAGAGGGUUGCACAACUUGUUGCGGCAUUACCUAAUAUUGAUGAUAUAACUAUUAUUUUAUAAUAUAGCCUUAGAGAAAUCAUCAGAAAUGAUGUUGCGCAACAUUUUAUUAUGUAAUAUUGUUUACUUUUGUAAUAUUUGCCUCGAUGUAAAACGACCCAACAAAUUACUGCGAGUGCUGGGAUCUUGCUCUAUGUUAGUGCGGGGGAACAGCUUUUAUCUGCCGUAUCUUAGGAGAUAUUAUAAAAUUUUUAAUCGUAAAAUACGAAUAAAAUAUCACUCUUUCCAAUGCCAACUUUCCCCAUUCCAGGUCCGAGCCAAACCAUCCCCAGAAAAGGUGUUAUGGUACAUUGACGGCAAAGAACUCAACUACAAUAUCGCUCAAGACCGCCUCGGCCUAGACGAAGUUCAAACCGAAUAUGGCAUGGAAAGUAAACUCACGAUCAAAAGGGUAAACGCAAAAGACUACGGAUUCUAUAAUUGUACGGCGUGGAAUCAGUUUGGCAUGAGUUCGGCUCAAACUCAUGUUACACAUCAUACCAUAUGGGAGAAUAUAGGUAGGGUUUUUGCGGUUGUUAGACAUUUUUGGAGGAUUUUAGUGUGUUUUAGGGGGGUAAUUUUGGAUUUUUAUGGCAGUUUGAGCGUUUCGGAAGGUUUUUAUAAAAGAUGUCAUCAUGACAUAUUUUCCAAAAAAUGCGUCAUCUGAUGACAUUUGUUGAUAAAUAAUGCCAUGUUAGGCCCUGUCAGCUAACCUAAAAUCAUUUUUUCCCUAAAAAUAUGUUAUUUUGAUAUUUUAUCAAAAAAUGUCAUCAUGACAUGUUUUUCAAAAAAUAGGUCAUUUGGUGACAUUUUUAGUAAAUUAUACUACUUUAUGACUUUUUUAACUAUCGUAACAUAUGUAUUUAAGUUAUUUUUUAAAAUUUCGACUGUUCCAUAAAUAUGUCAUCAUGACAUGUUUUCUAAAAAAUGCGUCAUCGGGAUGCGUUUUUUAGUAAAUAAUGUUAUUUUCGGCAUAUUUAAGUAUAACACAAUGUAAUUUUACUUUCAUCUUUCAGGUAAAACCCUAUUAUCAUGGUUUGUCGCAGUACCAUGGUACGUUUGGAUCAUACUCAUGGCCACCAUCGUACUGUUACUGGCCAUUUGCCUCAUUUGGAGAUGUUGUUGUUGCUGUAGAAAGUGCAAAUCAUCCGAAAGCAUCAAGCCCACCAAGUUUAGUGGUAUGUCAUUUUUUUAAUGAUUAGGCUUAGCUUCUAAUCAUUAGGCUUAGUUUUUUACUUAAGUCUUGGCACAUUUUCGUACAUUUUAAGCUUAUUUCGAUCUAAUUUCAGACUGUUCCGAUGUCACGGUACGUUGCGAAGCCCUGGACGAGGAUGCUCAAGAGUACUUCACCAACAUCUUCCCCUCACCUCACUCAGGAUCCGAGAUUUUGCGAAAGGAUUACAUUUCAGUGCCACAAAGCAACCCCGACCUCGACUAUCUACCCCCGCCGGUAUACGGUAGCUACUACCAGUCAACAUACGACUACGCCGAUAAUGGACAGCCGAUUCGAAUAGAACCCAGUGCUUAUGGCAGCUAUAGUCAGAGUCCGGGUAAGGCAAUGUUUUUGGUUUGGGGGGAGGGGGUACUGUAGGGCGGAGUAGGGUAGAGUGGGGGUAAGGUAGGGUAAUUUGGGGUAGUGUGGUAAAGUCGAGUAGGAUAGGGUGGUGUAGGAUAUCGUAGGGUAGGGUAUGGCAGGGUAGUGCAAUGUCUUAUAGGAUAGGGUACCCGCGUGUACGGUACUUCAAGUUACGGUAUUGAAAAUUACAUUAGUAUACGGUAAGGUAGGCUACUGUAGUACCACGGAAUAAAAAUUUUUUCAUGUUUACAGCAUUUUUGUUACAUUUUAAUGAUAUCAACAAUUUCAGUGCUAGGAAACGACGUCUGUGUCGGCGUCUACCCUCACCGUAACAAUGUUACAGUACGCCAACUCAACGUAGCCCCAUUAGAUACGCUGCCCGAAAUCAUAACGCCUCAGGACGAUCUACAACGAGCUGCCUCUAGGCUUUCAACUCAUGUUUAG